GUAGAAGGAAGACACAGAGAGAGGAUUUCAUAAAUUUGUUUUCAGUUAGGCCCCCCCUGUCUUGAUGCCGCCAUAUGCUCAGCGAUGUCGCUCUCCGACGCCUGAGAUUGAAAUUCGAGGCGUAGGCAACGGGCUCUUCUUCUUCCCACUCUUUCUCUCCCAUCCAAUUCAAUCCAAUUCCCCCACACACCUCACAAACAUUUCAAUCAAAACUCAGAACCAUCAUCCAUUUGCCCCUUUUGGUUUUGGUUCCCUCUGAUUCGAUCUACCAAAUCGAAUUUUAGGAGGGCAGAUAGAGAGACAGAAAGCGAGACGGAGAAGUAAGAGAAGGAAGAGACCAGGAGAGCUACUGAGAGUGGUAUGCCAGACAGGUGUUCUCUAUCGAGCUAGUAUUUUUUCCAUGUUACCCAUGACGAAUUUCUCCUGAUAGGUGAAUGAGAAGGAUAAGUGAUGGAUUGACCCUCAUUGUUUCAUUUUUUUCAUCUACCUGGGCCUUCAAAGCUACAGUCUUCUGUGGGUAACCAGGAAUUUUCAAUUGGUGUAAUUAUCUGGAGAUUAAAGGAGAAUAAAAUAAGUUUCCUUCUCUGUAUAAUUCACCUGAAUUUUGUAUGCUACAUGAUAGAUUAUUAAUCAUUGGGGGAUCCAUUGUUAUUCAAAUCUUUUGGGGAGAAUAAUGCGCUUUGCCAGCAUUGCUUAUGACUCUGCUGAUAAGAGUAUUGUGUACUUGAUCCAUUGGAUUAACCUUCACUCAAGAAUAUUUUGCCAUUUUGUGCAAUUUGAGAUGUCAUUUGGCUGGCCUGCAAAUGAUGAUAUGAAUUCUAAACUAUGGGCUACUGAAAUGAAAUGAAUUUGAGUUUGAAACUACACGAAAAGGAGGAAACUGUGAGAGUACUAUUGUCAUCGGGGGAAGCAUCAGUACAUGUUCUUGGGAUAUCAAGGCCCAGAGAAUUAAGGGCGGGCUCAAGAAGCCCUAUAAUGUUCAUACAUUGUUGAGAAAAUCCUGGAUUCAAUUAAAACCAUGACUAGUGAGGCACCUGUCCCUUCAGGCAGGAGGAUCCAGCAAGAAUCAUCUUCUGUUGCGACGGGCGACGAAUUCGCUACAGGAAAACGUGCUCAUAAUAUCUCAGUACAGACGGGUGAAGAAUUUUCUUUAGAGUUUUUUCAAGAUCUUGUUGCUCCGAGAAGAGUACCUAUCAUGCAUAACACGGAUCAAGGUAAUAUGGAAGUGGGGUUUAAUUUUAAUCAGAAUUAUCAGCUGAGAUAUGAAGAUCUAACUGGUAUACUUGGGCUGAGAAGAAUUGAUUCAGGAUGUGGAUCUGAUGGCUCAGAUUAUGGUUCAGGAAAAGGGUGUGCUGUAGGGGUUGAAAACAAGGUCUAUUUUGAUAAAGUAAGUAGAUACCACAUGGAGGCCAGUGCGAGUGGGCAAAGAUCAGGAAUGUCUAAUGAUGAAAUGGAUUUUAACCGAAUUUCUCAAGUGCCGAGUGCUCCACCACUUCCUAUUUCUGAGUCUCCACAUGCUCAUCCCCCUAAUGCAUCAGGGGCUUUGGGUUGUUUUCAAUCUGGAAAGAUGAAGUUCCUCUGCAGCUUUGGUGGAAAGAUUUUGCCUCGACCGAGUGAUGGGAAGCUUCGAUAUGUAGGUGGAGAAACUCGGAUCAUUACAAUCAGGAAGAAUCUUUCUUGGGAGGAGCUUGUGAAGAAGACGUCAGCAAUAUGCAACCAACCUCAUACAAUCAAGUACCAGCUCCCAGGUGAGGACCUUGAUGCCCUUAUAUCCGUGUCAUCAGAUGAAGAUCUUCAGAAUAUGAUAGAGGAAUACAAUGGGCUUGAAAGAGUUGGGGGUUCUCAACGGCUUCGCAUAUUUCUUAUCUCUUCAAGUGAAUCUGAUAGUCCAUGUUCUUUUGAAGCAAGGGCCUCGCAGCACAGUAAUUCUGAGUACCAGUAUGUUGUUGCUGUGAAUGGCAUAUUGGAUCCCAGUCCCCAAAAAAUGUCUGGUGGCCAGAGCUUAGGAGGCCAAUUGGGACAUAAUUUGGAUGGUGCCCCAAGCUUUCUCAGAGAUUCCCCUACUUCUCUGCAUCCUUUGGAGACCAAGGAUGGAAUUGGUUCCAUGAAUAUGAUGGGGAUGUUUCCACAUCCUGCUACUCAGUUUUAUGUUGUCCCCCAGAACCCAACAAAGUCCCCCAAUCAGUCGCCUCCUUUGUCACCAUUGCCAGUUCAGCAAAGAGAUUCCAAGGGUGUUCGGAUGCAAUUGCAUGAUGAUCAGUUGGGUCAUAGUAGUAACGAAAGCACCAGUCCCUUUGUCACAGACCAACUACCUGAUAAUUACUGCAUUGAUGCCAAUGGUUACUUUCUUCUAUCCCCUGGACCUGGACCUGGACCUGGACCUGAACCUGAACCUGGACCAUUAAUGAAUUACCGUCAUCCUAACAAUUUGGUGGAUGCAGAGCAAACAGGCAGACCUUGUGGAGUGCAUUUCCACAACCGCAGACCCAGCAGAGAUUUCGCUCCGCCAGUAUUUGUUCGAAAUGCCAGUGACUUGGAUGGGUACUACUGUGAGAAGCCCUUGCUCAAGGAAAGGGCAUUCCACUCUGAAAUUUUUUUCUCUCAUCUAGAAGAUCCAAGGGGAAUAUUUUCAGGAUCUAAUGAUUUGGUUGGUUCUCAUCAUGGGAUGCCACAUGUUCGAUCUGAUUCACAACUCCAGGAGCAUGGAGGGAGGUCUAUUUACUGUUUGCAGGAAGGAAUAACUCCAUCUCGCCCACUCGACUUUGAAACCAUGGAAUCUUCUUCAUGGGUGAAGUCGACUACCAUCCAAGAGACCAAUGAAUUUACCACUACCGAGUUUCAAACGAUGUUAAAGGUCACGGACUCUACCGGUUCCCAAGGGAGAGUGGAAUCUCCAACUUCUUCCCCUUUUUUGGAGUUCUCCGGCAGGAAUCAAAGACCUCACUGGGGUGCCCAUGGUACUCAUGACAAAUACCUAAUGCCUGCAGAAGAUUUGAAUGCCUCCAAUUUCAUGUCACAGGAAUAUGACAAGGAAAAUCCUGGAUUGAGUAAUGAAAUAUUGAACUUGAUAAAAGAGAAAGAUGCUUGUCUGCAUCAUGACAACCAAAGCAACAUCAGUAAUACACCACAUUUUACUGCUGAGGACAAUAGGAAAAAAAAGCCCGAUGUUGAACACCAUCCAAGUUCUGUGUUUGGUGUUCAUGGUUUCCCACAAGAGUUACAAGUCCCUGGAAGCAACAUGGCUGCAUCAUCAAGUAUUUCUCGGGAACCUUCUAUGGAUAUUAUGGUCGACCAACCCCAAGGCUACCAGUCGGACAAAAAUACAGCUAAGCCACUUUUGAAGAGCCCAAUAAUUCUCAGUGAUCAGCUGUGUACCCCUAGCGUUCCAAUAAAUGGUGAACCUGGAAAUGAGGUGAAUCUCUUACCACCAUCUUCUGUUGCAUGGUCCAGGAAUUCUGAAGUUGAAGGCUUAGAAAAUUUUCACCAUAAAAGUACGAAACAACAGUCUAAUGAGAAUUCUUUCACUGAUCUACUUUGUGAUCCGUCCCUUCUACCUCCUGAUUCUCAAAGGGAAAUAAGUGACCAAGAACGUAUAUUGACAACCUCGGUAAAUUUAGCUCCAUUUUCCAUUGGAGAAUGUGCUGGUUCGAGCUUAAACUCGCAUACAGAUGAUCCUAGUCUCACUUGGUCUUCUUAUCAGACUGCUGCUACAGAUCUUGCUUUGAAGAGAGAAGUUACUCUCCUUGAUGAGGAACCUGUGAAUUUUCUUGAGGAGAAGGUUGAAAGGAUAGACCAUGUGGUUAACUCAUAUGGACCGUCGAGAACUGAAGAUGCUCUCUUUGUCCACUCAGAAUGCUCAAAUAAUCUUGAUCAUAAAAUUCAGCUGAAAUCAGUUGUUGAUGUUGAAGAUGUGACUGAUAGUAUGCCUCCAGAUGAUCAGCACAUUCCUCUGGUAUCAGUUGUUGCUGUUGAAGAUGUGACUGAUAAUAUGCCUCCUGACCUUCAGUCCUCAGAAGUAGUCCCUCAUGUACUGGAUACUAGUGGGGAUAUCUUAUCACCUAGGAUAACUGAAGCUGAAAGCAUCAGUCCAGAAUAUGAGGAUUCUAAAUCUGAUGACAGAGACAUGAAUGAAUCAAUCAGUGAUGCUACAAUAGCUGAAAUGGAAGCUGGCAUCUAUGGUCUGCAGCUAGAGUUGUCAUGGCGUCUAGGAUCCAAGGCGUUGGAGGGGUCUAGACGCAAAGCAACACCAACAAGGCAAUCAAGUUGUCUGAGGUGACCACCUGCCUGGAUGCCUAGGCUUCACAUAUCGACAUCUUGACAACUAUGCUUUAAGCAUGUUAUGUUGAACUCACCAUGACAGUGAGGGAGGGUGGGGGUGCGAAUCA